AUGCCAGCCGAGGCAGCAGCGGCGGGGGUGCAGCUGCUAGAUUCCAGAGGCGUCGGGAAGGUGCCGACGUUCACGGGCGAGAGGGAGGAUUUCGAGGUUUGGAUCUUCCCGUUCGAGAGUUGUUGUGGGCUGCUAGUCUGGACAGCGGGGCUGGAACUGGCCAGAUACGCAGAGGAGCCGCUCGCUGUGGAGCAGAUCGGCGAGCAAGGAGAUGGCUUCGAGGCGAUGAGAAGGCUGCAAAGAGAGUACCGCCCAAGGCUGAACGAGGUUCGCGGCCAGAUGCUACAGCAGAUUCGGACGCCGCUCCGGUGGAAGGAUCGCGAAGGCAAGGAGCGCUUCGCGGAAGUGCUGAUAGCCUGGGGCGAGCUGAUCUCCCGAUGCGAGCGGGCGACGGGCGAAGAUGUCGCGCAUAAUAUGAAGACGAGCACGAUCAUGGCGCGCGCGUCAGAUGACGUGAAGACCAUGCUGCGGUCGGCGCAGCGAGACGCGCGGAGCGACAUCGCGCAGAUGCGGACCUGUAUCUUCGAGGCGGUGAUCGGCCAGAGUGGAGUGAUGGCGAAGCUGCCGACAGCAGGGAGAGGCAGCAACGACAUGGGCGUUGACGCGAUCUCCAAAGGGAAAGGCAAGCAGGGCGGCAAAAACAAGCGCCAGCUCGGCACCAAGCCGAACCACGCAGCGCGGGACUGUUACUGGCGCGACAAGGACAGCUCCACAUUCACAGGCAAGUGCGAUUACUGCCGCAAGACGGGCGGCAAGAAGGCAGACUGCAGGAAGCGUCUAGCCGACGAGAAGGCCAAAGGGAAUGCUGCGAUCGAGCAGGAGAGCGCGGAUCCGAAGACGGUUGCCAAGAUGGAGUGCGCGGACUUCGAGUGCGAGAUCUGCGACGACGAGCAGCUCUACUGCGCGGUGAUGAAGGCCGAGGGCGGCGACGCAGAAUGCUGCGGCAUGGAUCUAGACGGGACCAUCCUUAUCGCGCUGGGCGCGGCGAGCGACUGCCGCGUCGGCCCGACCGCGUUCGGCGAGGGAUGCCAGCAGGUGGCGGAUGUUGGGCCGAGACUGCUGGGCGCGCAGAGGCAGUGGAUCAAGAUGGGCGCCGUCGCGACGGUGCCGAUGGCCGUCGACUACGACGACGGGCAGACGAAGUUGCUGAAGGCAGACUUCGGGCUGGGCGACACGGUGUCAAUGCCGAUCCUCUCGCUGCUCGAGGUGAUGGACAAGGUUGCGGAGUUCUGGCCGAGCGCAAAGACGGGCGUGUGCAUGUGCCCAGGGGGCGACCUCGCCAAGGGCACCCCGCUCGCCAGGAAGAACGACACCCUGGGCUUCAACGCGAAGACCUUCAAGACGACGAUGGAGGAGAAGGAAUUCGCAGCCAGCGUGCGCGCGAACGAGCAGCAGGAGGAGUUCGCGCAAUCGCUUGGGGCCUCUGGCAGCGGAGGACCAGGCUCGAGGACCAGGCUCAGGGAGCUGGGGCAGCCGAUCUACGGCAGGGAGGGCGAGUUGUGGACGGGGCUCAGCGACGCUGAGCGGAGGGUCACGCCUCGCCGCGCGAGGAUGAAGGAGCUGGAGCGCAGGCGCGAGGAGUCCGUGCAGGGGUGGCCCUCGAUCGCGCCGCGCGGAGUCGCUGGGCCAGCUGCGCCGACGGAGAUCACCCUGGACUUCUGCUACCUGCAGGCGAACGGCGACUGGGCGGAGAUCGGGGGCGAAGAGCCGCCAGCGGCGGGCAUUGUCGCGGCGGCGCUCGUGGUGGCAGACAGGGGCACGCUGAUGUUCAACGCGGCUUCGAUCCCGACCAAGGCGGUCACUGGCUACGCGGUGGCCAGGGAGAGCGGCUUCAUCGAGGGCAUGCAUCUCGCCGCAGCGGACAUCAAUACGGACGGCGAGCCGACGUUCUUGAACUUGGUGGAGGAGGCGCGCAAGAAGCUGAGCAAGAGCAUCGAGCUGGGGGGGAAGCGCGGGCAGCUCAAGGACGGUCAGAGCGUGGGCGCGAUCGAGGCUCCGAUCAGAUGGUUUCAGGCGAAGGCGAGGACGUGCAAGUUCGACUUGGGGAAGCGCUGCGGCAUGAAGAUCGCAGCGGACGCACCGAUCUGGUGCUGGCUUACGAGAUGCGUUAGUUGGGCAACCUCUACGUACGUGCCACGGGCCGAUGGUGGGGCGUCUCAUCAGGCAGCAUUCGGAGUGACCUACAACGGCGAGAUUCUUCCCUUAGCGGAGACGGCGCUCUUCAAGGUGUCGACCUCCCACGCGAGGCAGAUCGCAGCGACGUCGCUCGAGCGCCAGGGCGAGUCGAGCUUCGUGGAGGGCAUCUGGAUCGGGAAUCACAAGGAGAGCGACGAUCACUUGUUCCUGGCGCCUGCGGGGUGGCAUCGCACCAGGACCUGCAGGGGGCUGGGGCCAGUGCUGCGGGCUGACGCGAAGCUGAUGAAGGCGGUGAAGGCCCUGCCUUGGGAGGCGCGGGGUGCCGAGCCGUGCGAGCUGCUACCCGAGAUGCAGCGACCUCUACCUGUGCUCGCCUUUGCGGCAGCGGAGCAGAAGGGGCACCAGCAGGACCUGGAGGGGAAGCUGCGGCAGCCGCCGGACCUCAGGCAUGUUGACGCGAUCUCGCUGGACGACCCCAUCGACUACAUCAUCCUGGACAACGUGGGCGCGGCGUCCCACGUGGCGACCAGCGGUCUGGGGCCCGCGGUGGAGCUCAAAGGGGAGCGGGGCGCGUUGGAGAUGCUGGCGCACUACGGCGUCCACAGAGACAUCCCGAGGAGCGAGAGCGGGGAGUUUCAAGAUGAUCAGGGCGCGCUGGGGGCUGCAGAUGCGCGGAGAAGCAGGCUGGUGGACUUCGCCAGCAUCAGGGAAGAGAGCCACGGGACCUUCAUCGCGGACUGCGUGAAGGCAUACUACCAGGCAGACCAGGCGGAGAAGGUUUGCGUGGGGUCACAGCCGGAGUGCCUGGCGAUCUCGGUUGAGAUGGGCAGAUCGACCGGCAUUGUUUGGGCUUUGGACAGGAAGCUGUCUGGGCAGCGUGUGGCAGGCGCUGGGUGGGUAGACAAGGCCGCGAAGACAUUCCAGGGCGAAGGCUUCGAGAGGUGCGAGUGCCAGCCGCAGUUCUACCACAGCAAGGAGAAGGAGAUCCUGAUCGAGGUGCACAUGGACGGUCUCCAUGGCGAAGGACCGAUAGGGAACCUGGGCGGGAUCAUCGAGAGGCUGAGGGAAGUGUUCGACCUGAAGGACCUGAUCUUUGUGGUAGGCCUGGAGAAGGCGAAGCCCGCGAAGGUGCCAGGCUUGACGGAGGAGGGGCCGACCUGGAGCCCCGACUUGGAUGACGUGGAGAAGGCGAAGUUCCGCGCAGACGUCGCUACGUGCAAGGAGACGCGAAGUGCGAUGACCUGCGGCGUCGCGAAGCUGGACGGGGUGCGCUGCGCGGCGUUCGCGACGAGGCAGGGUGUCCGGACGAACGUGGCCGACCUGGACACGAAGGCCCAUCCAGUGGCGAGGUUCGAGUGCCUGCGAGGACUGGCGGGCAUCGUCGGUUGCAGUGAGAUGGGCAAGCACAAGGAGCUGGAGGCGUGCUCGGUGGCGACGAGCAGGAGCUGGGCAAGGAGAGGCCUACUGGCCACCUUGCUGGCACAGGGGGCUGCGGAGAGUGCGACGGCUUCGACGUGCGAGGUGGAGAGCUACAAGACGAGGGCCACCGACCUGGUGGCAGCGGCGAUCCAGGUUGCGCUCUACGCGUACACGGGGCAUGCCAUGACACUGAUCAUGGUGGUGGUGUUCCUAGGCGGCAUUGCGUGUGGGUGUUGCUGCAGGAAGAUGAUGGAGCCACCCGAAGUGAAGUACACGGACAAGCCGAUGAAGACAUGCGAGAAGGGCAGCAGCGGCCCGAUCGCAAGCGGGAAAGCAAAGGUGAAGGAUACGAAUCAGCCGAUCAUGCUCGACAAGAUGAGCCAGGCUCCGUGCGCGUACGAGUGGAG